AUGUCUCCAGACAUUCCCCAAACACUCUUCUCUGCCGGCGUCCUCCUCGCCUCAUACCUCACCUACCGCUGCCAGCAACCGCCCAACCCGAAUCCCAGUGCGGCGAAACAAUCAAAUGCGGACCCCUUCACCCGCACCAAGUUCACCCGUCUAAUCGCCUACCAAGGCACCCUCUUCCUCCUCCUCGGCACCAUCCACGCCCUCCUCCCUCUCCUCCCUCCUCAACCCCACGCAUCCGUCUGCCCAGCGCAAAACACCCUGAACCCCUCCCUCUUCACCUGGUCGCCACGCUCAACAAUCCUCCUCACCCUCACAGUCCUCGGCGGCACCCUCCGCCUCCUCUCCUUCGCCCACCUGUCACAGAACUUCACCUUCGCCGUCGCGCGGCCCUCGCGCCUAAUCACGUCCGGCGUAUACGCCUACAUCCAGCACCCCGGUUAUACAGGCGGGAUCCUCGCGCUGGCUGGGUUCAGCAGGCUGGUUCUUCGCACGGACGGCGUGUUUGCUUGCUGGUCUGGCACCAAACUGUGGUCCUGCAUAUGGGUAUUCGUGUAUGCGAACAAGGCGUUUGUUGAAGUGUUUGUGUUCUGGGUUGUUUUUGUACGCGUCCCGAGUGAGGAGCGGAUGCUACGGGAUGCGUUUGGGGCGGAGUGGGAGGGGUAUCAUGCGCGGACGGCGCGGUUUGUGCCGUGGGUGUUGUAG